AUGCAGCAUGAUGAGAGCAAUAAAGAACCAGAAUUUCAAUUAUUGAGCGAUGAAGAACCAGAAUUUCAAUUAUUGAAUGAUGAAGAACCAGGAUUUCAAUUAUUAAGUGAUGAAGAACUAGAAUUUCAAUUAUUAAGCAAUGAAGAACCAGAAUUUCAAUUGUUAAGCAAUGAAGAACCAGAAUUUCAAUUGUUGAACAAUAAAGAACUAAAAUUUCAAUUAUUGAUUGAUGAGGAGCAAGUGCUUCAAGAAUUGAGUAACAAGGAACAAGAAGAACGACAAAAAAAAGCAAUUAUAGGCGUAGAAAAAAUGGAUUAUGAUAAUGAAACUGAUGUGGUUAGUAUGUAUAAAGUAUUAGUUGCACUGCAGGAAAUUAACGAAACAGAAAUCUCCAACAUUGUAGAGCAUUUAUUACUUGAUGUAGAACCAACA